AUGUCUCGACCUUCGACGUUUUUCGCCCGUUCCGUGUCUCUGCCUCGGCCCUGCCAGGUAGCGACGAAGCGUCCCAAAGGUCCCACUCGCGCCGACUCCGCACCGACGUCUGUACGUCGCACGGCGUUCAUGCGCGGCACUAAGUAUGGGGAAACUCGAACCAUUAUAUUUGCCCACAGGACACUGCCCACUCGACCGCGCACCUCACCGGCACCUCCCACGUCCGUACACACAGAGCUCUUACUUGUCCUCAUGCGCGCCCUGGCCGAACGGGGCGCUAGCUUCGACAGGCUCGAAGCAGUGGGUGUUACGCUGUCGUGUACCCUCAACGUGCCCGUCACGGUUGUGCGCCGGCCAGACGCUUUGACUUGCUAUGUGGACGACCGCACUGGCCGCCGCAAAUCUGUACGAGUACGUCGCGCACGCCGUGCCCGGGGCAUCCCUGCGUCCGGAAGCGCCAACUUUGGCGCUAUCUCUCCGCUUGCGCAUGUUAUAGAAGCGAGUGCAUUCGCAGCCGCUGUGGCCGCGGUUGCAUCGAACGGCGCGACACCGGAGGUGCUACUCGUAUUCGCAGCUAUGGCAAUCUUCGGCACUUUUCACGCAUUGAUGCGCCAACUUGGCGCCAAAAUCUUGCCCGAGCGGGUCUUUGCGACCUCUGUGAUGGUAGCCUUGAGCUGGUUGGCUCACACUCCGUUUGCUUCUACAGCAUUGGCGAGCGGGAUCGCGGGAUACCUCCUCUUAUGCGCUGCUCUCACCCAGACACGUGUUAACCGUGGUGCAUACACCACGAACACUCUGCAGGUCGGAGUCGCCGCGGUCUUCGGUGCCAUGUACGCCCUCGCGCUCAGCCGAGGAUUACCAGCGUACAUGGACCUCUUCCUUUUUGCUAAUAUUUGGAGGCUUUCCGCCAUAGCAGUGCCCAUGGAGAGCCCUGCGGGCUUAGUUGACACAUGGUUGCUGAUAUAA